GGACGAAUUCUUGAAACCUGCUGCACGUCCUGCCCCAGACCUUCUCUACUCUAACACGCCAUGGAUGACGACUUUUCUGGCAGCUUGAUUGAGGAAAUGGAGAUUUGGCUCUCCAGCGAGGACUUUGAGCGUGCUUGGCAUGAAUGCUAUGACCGCAUCUGCAGGGGGUCCACUGGACGUUCGGACAGAAACAUUUCGGAGGCAGUGUUACUGCAAACAGCGGCAAGCCUGCACAAUCAUUUGCCACAUGGGCCGCUGGAGCGGAUGAUUCCGGCGCCGGAUGCAGAGUUUGUGAGAGGAGCUUUGGAGGCGGUUGGUGUCGACGAGCCUCGCAGAGCGGGGCUAGAGGAGCGAGCCCCUUGGCGGGCUGAUGUCGAAGGAUGUCACCGUGUUUUGAGUUGAAGAAACCUGUUCCUUGCAUACCACCCAUGUGAUGGAUUUUGCGAUGGUAAAUGAUUGAAGCUCUUGGAAUGGAAAACAGUUCUGUAAACUGAAGCAGCUGCGACUCAAGCAUGACUGAGCUGCUACUCGCGGAUGCUCGCAGGACCUCGAGCACUUUGAAGCCGCACUGGUGGUGGUCUACACACAUUUGGCUCACUGUGCUUCCUUGUUAGAAAAUGAGAUGCCAGGAAUGGCUCAUGCGAUCCUCACGGGGAAGAUCGAUCCGAGAGGUGCGUAACGUGCUGUCCAUAAGUGCAGCGGAAGAAAAAUGCCAGCGAGGGCGAGCCGGUGAGCAAUCGAACAUACCUUUUCCAGUUCCAAAGAAAAUGGUGCCGAACUUAUCACAUGCUGGGAACAUCACCCCUUUGGAACUGCUGGGGCUUCCCCCGUGUUGUCGAUCCGAUGCCCUGUUUGGGUCACACGACUUGGUCUGCACCCGUUGGGCGGUCUGCUUCUUCGCAGCUGGCUCAGCAAG